CCGGCGUCACUGGUCUCCUGGCAACAGCCCGGGCGAGUUCUCGAUCAAGGUUCCAAAUAGAAUGCUGUACAGAAAAGGAGUGCAUGUUUCCCGUUGAUAAACAUGGGCCAGCCUUGUACAAGAAGAAACAACUACCCUCCAAGAAAGUGUACUGUUUCAUGUCUUCUGUGAAUGUGUAUCUACAACAACAAGACUGCCGGCAAUUUUCAAAACGUGCGUAAAUUAAUUAAAGGUAAAAUACCAAGUGCUGUCAGCAGAAAAAAUAGUGCGAGAGUGUGCGACCAACAACAAACAAAUAACAGUGAACAACGAAAAGAUAGGACGACUAAGAAGAACCAAAGGUUUGGGGUGGUGGUAGGGUAUGAGGAGAUGCAACAUUUUGUUACUCUUUCGACUUUUAGAAAAUUAAACAUUUUGUUUUGCGACAUUAAACGCAUCUGAUUAUUGCGUAAACCAUUGGGACUGUAUUCAUGUAUGCUGUUUCGAGAGACCGUUACUUUCCAUCAAAUAAACUGUGAAAUAACGAUUUAUUUAAUCAAGAAGGCACACAAAACGACUUGCCAAGUAGUUACGAACCAUGAUGAAAUUCCAUAAUUCGGACCUAUGGAUUGCUUGGCUGGUUUUAUUUUGCAUGGAAGGUUCAAGAUUUGAUCUGCACACAGGAACAGUGAGUGUGAGGGCGUUGGAUGUCACAGUGACCCAGAGCAGCAUCCAGGUAGCCCGCGGCCAGGCGGCCAUCUUGCCCUGCUCCUUCUCCACCAGCGCUGCCCUCAACAACCUCAACAUUAUCUGGAUGGUCAUCCCGCUGUCCAAUGCCAACCAGCCCGAACAGGUGAUCAUCUACCAAGGUGGCCAAGUGUUCAGUCUAGCCAACCACUUAAAUGGCCGGGUGGGUUUCGUGGCCACCAUGCCCAGCACAAGUGCCUCUAUCUUCAUCAACAACACCCAGCUGUCAGACACGGGGACAUACCAGUGCCUGGUCAACAACCUCCCCGACAGAGGGGGGCGCAACAUCGGGGUCAUCGGGCUCACCGUGCUGGUGCCCCCGUCGGUGCCCUCAUGCCGUGUCCAGGGCACGCUGGACGUGGGCGCUGACAUCAUGCUGAUGUGCAGCAGUGAGGAGGGGAUCCCCACACCCAGCUACACCUGGGUGAAACUGGAGUCGCUGCCCAAGCUGCCCCACACCGCCAUGCAAGACCAGAUGCAAGGGACCGUAACACUGAGGAACAUCAGUACCAGUACCUCUGGUCUGUACCAGUGUACAGCCUCCAACGCCAUCGCCAAGAGCACCUGUCUACUCAACCUGCAGGUUGUGGCACCUCAGCCCCAGAGUGUGGGUCUCAUAGCUGGCACCAUCGCCACGGGCGUGUUGGCUGUCAUCAUCUGCUCUCUACUGGUGCUGGUGACACUCUUCUAUUGGAAAAACAAGAACAAAUACGAGGAGGAGGAGAUACCCAACGAGAUCAGGGAGGACGAUCUGCCCCCUAAGAGGUCGUCGUCAGUGAAAGCGUUUCACGCCGACGCCUCAUCCUCGGAGAACGACACCCUGACGUCCACCAACACCUACAACAGCCGCUAUUGGCACAACCCCAAGCCCAACUACGACACCAACUCCUACACCCGCUACAACGGCGACACGCGCCAGACGUUCUCUACGGGGCAGGCGGGUCACACAGGUCAAACGGGGGGACAUGCAGCGCACACAGGACACGGGACGCUAGCUCCGCCGGGCUCCGCCCCCCUGGCCCGCCAGGUCUACUCCAAUGGUAGCCACACCCUCCCCCCGCCCAAGACUCUGGUGGUCACCACCAACUCCGCCCCCUCCCCUCCCGCCAUGGUGCGCAGCAAUGGCUCGGUGAGCCUGAAGCCCGUGACGGUGGCAUCGCAUGGCGGGUACACGCACUCGUACGCCGUAAGCCAGGCCACGCUGGAGCGCAUGGGCGCCGUGCCCGUCAUGGUGCCAGCCCAGAGCAGAGCAGGCUCUCUGGUCUAAAGUAAACUGUUACUGUGCUGAACCAGCCUGCCUCCCCACUUCUCUGAUUCUCCCUUUUUAACUCAAAAACAGGAUUUGACAAUACCAACUUCAUCUAAUGCCAACAUCUCCAAGUACAGGACCCCGUUUAAAAGCAGCUUCAGGUGUUCUAUUCCUAUUGGUUGGUUUUGUAUCUCUUCUUGGGUGUGGUUGUCUCUCACUGGUUCCUUGGAUUAAAUGGCUGUAACCAGUGGGAUUAUCGCACAAAAGUUACACAUAAUCUUCUAACUUUUCAGGUGAUUGUGGCUGUGGGUUUUGGACUCGUCACGACAGUGAGCAUUAACCGUUUAAUCUCUGUUUUAACCACAUCUAGACACUCCGAAUCCUGCAAGUCCCAGGGAGAGGCAUCCGAUCGUGCAUGUAUAUUCCAUUAAAAACUAACAACCAGAUUCUUGCUAUUAUUUCAUAUCACUCAGCUAUUGCGGUGAUAAUAAUUGUUUCGUAUCUUAAAAAAUGACAGAGAUGUUCUUUGAUUCACUGCAGUGGUCUUACAUGAACAGAACCAUAGUGGUGGAAAUGGCCUUAGAAGAGCAGAAAGUUACGGAAGGGAUUUCUGCUGAAGUACCAAAUAGCAGAGACAACAGAAUGGCACAACACAGUAGGCUGGUCCCGUAAUUGGACAGGGGUUUUCUGAUUCUGUCCAUUAGUUCCUACUUCAACAUGUUCAUUUGUUUUUGCACAGUAGCACACUUUCAUCACCAACUCCCCUGAAGAAAUGUCUUAUUAUAGAACGGUCUUACUGAAUGCAUCCCCUUACCUCUACAGUGUUACGAAUUCGAGAGAUAUACUGUAGCCUCUCCAGCGCAAACUUGUAAGGGUUCAGCAUUUAUAUUGAUUAGGUCCAGUAUUGAUAUCUAUGGUCUUACCUCAAGGUUCUAUUAUAUAUAAAAAAAAAAAAAACUUUCCCUGAAACUUGAAUCUGCAGUUUGAGAUGUACUGACAGUGUUUGUGGAAGUAUGUGCUAUUGUAAACAUGCUGCUGAUUCGUUUGAACAAAAUCCAAUUCUCACAUCAGUGCUGCUUUGACAAUAAAACAUAGUAUUUAUAUAAAACAUCUUAUUUGAAACAUCCUUUCUAAGAAAAAUGAUAUUUAAGCGGAUUUCCCUUGAGAAUGCUAACAAUUACUGAUUUGUACCUACUGUAAAUAUUGUAACUACUGGUAGGCUAGGUUGUGAAUUGAAAAGAAAUACUUUUAUUUCCAACGGAUGCAUAUUUUACAACUCGUGUGUCUUAAUUUAAUAAGAGGUCUAUUCAUUUCUGUUAACAAGACACUGAACUGGGUUUUGUAGACUGUUGUCUUGCGUUUGUUAAGAAGGGAUGUCUGUUUUUUUUUUUUUUACAACUAGGAGUCCUCUGUGGGCGCAGCUGCAAGUUUGGGCGGUGCAAUUCAUACAAAAUGGCAAAGUAUCACAGAAACCUGUGUACUAAAAUGACUGUCUGCAUUUCUUGAUAGUAAUAAUAAUAAUGUAACCCGAGUGUAAAGAAAUGUAUACUCUACCAAUUGUUUUCCAGGGCAGUUGGAUUUUUUUACAGCUCCAAAAUUCCAGCACUAAAUAUCCACAAUGAUAGUUGAAAAUAAAGUGAAUACCACCUGUAUGAAAUAUCUAGGUUUGUUCCAGCAGUGUUGGAAAGUGUUGCUAUUGAGGUAAGAAUCAGAGCGUUUCGGGGAGACAUGUUGUUUUGCCGUUUUUAGACCUGAAACUGCUGAUUUAUGUUUUAUGUGAAUUUUACAAUAUUAUCUAUCCUGCUCUUUGCCUCGGAAGUCCUAUUAAUAUUCGACUUCAUCUUUCACUUGAAAGACACUAUUGAUAUUGUGUGAUAUUAAAUGUAAAAAAAAAAAAUUACUAUUCAUUUUAGGGUAACCAAAAAACUUCACUCUUGAGACAAAGCGUCUUCUGUAUUUGGUGUCAGGAUCUUUCUCGUUCAGUCUCUACAUAUACUGUACACAAUGAUAGCUGUGGUCUCCACAGUAUGAAUUCGGCCAUUCAAUGUGCUCAAGCUGAGUGUUAUUGAAGUUCAUUGAAAUAUGCUCCAGUGAGAAUCCAUUAGACCUAUUCAAUUAAACGCCCUCAAGUAAAUCAAUAAGGAUGGUAAGCGGAACUUUCUGUCCUGAAGCAAUAAAGACCAACCAGGUGAACCACAUUAGGAGGACUUGUUGAUGUACAAGAUCUUUAUCAAACUCUUCCUUUUCUCACACACAGCUCAUUGGCUGAGGUCCCUGCUCAUUGGCUUAUGUGUUAUGUCUCAUUCCAUCUGUCAGGGAACCAAGAUUAUAUUCAUAACUUAAUCAUUCAAAAAAUAUUGCCUAAUUUUAACUCAAGUCGGCCAUGACUAAAACACUGUUGGGUAUGAUCAGGUAAUACUCACAACUUUGGAGAGUAUUCUUUGCGUAUGUUUGGCGUUCAGAGACUUGUUUCAACAUCAGAGUGCAUCCAUAUGAUUCAUGUAUGUACUCUUCUGUACAGUGCCUUCAGAAAGUAUGCAUACCCUUUGACUUAUCACACAUUUUGUUGUGUUACAGCCUGAAUUUAUUGAAAAGGAAAUACAGAAAUAUCUCCUUUACAAACUAUAUGUAUUCACACCUCUGAGUCAAUACAUGUUAGAAUCACAUUUGUCAUUGAUUACAGCUGUCAGACUUUCUGGGUAAGUCUCCAAGAGCUUUGCACACCUGGAUUGUACAAUAUUUGAACAUUAUUAUUUUCAAAGUUCUUCAAGCUGGUUGUAGAUCAUUGCUAGACAACCAUUUUCAAGUCUUGCUAUAGAUGUUCAAGCUGAUUUAAGUCAGAACUAUAACUUGGCCACUCAGGAACAUUCACUGUGUUCUUGGUAAACAACUCCAGUGUAGAUUUGGCCUUGUGUUUUUGGUUAUUGUUCUGCUGAAAGUUGAAUUCAUUUUCCAGUGUCUGGUGGAAAGCAGACUGAACCAGGGUUUCCUCUAGGAUUUUGCUUGUGCUUGGCUGAAAAACUCACUAGUCCUUAAUGAUUGCAAACAUACCCAUAACAUGAUGCAGACACCACUGUACUUGAAAAUAUGGAGAGUGGUACUCAGUAAUGUGUUGUAUUAAAUUUGCUCCAAACAUAACACUUUGUAUUCAGGACAAAAGGUACAUUGCUUUGCCACAUUGCAGUGUUAAUGUAGUGCUUUGUUGCAAACAGGAUGUAUGUUUGGAAUAUUUGUAUUCUGUACAGGCUUCCUUCUUUUCACUCGGCCAUUUAGGUUAGUGUUGUGGAGUAACUACAAUGUUGUUGAUCCACCCUCAGUUUUCUCCUAUCACACCAACUCUUUUAAAGCACCAUUGGCCUCAUGGUGAAAUCCCUGAGAGCUUUCCUUCCUCUCCGGCAACUGAGUUAGGAAGGACACCUGUAUCUUUGAAGUGACUUGGGUGUAUUGAUCCACCACCAGAAGUGUAAUUAAUAACUCCACCAUGCUCAAAGGGAUAUUUAAUAUCUGCUUUGUUUUCACCCAUUUACCAAUAGGUGCCCUUUGCGAGGCAUUGGGAAACCUUGGUCUUUGUGGUUGAAUCUGUGUUUGAAAUUCACUGCUCGACUGAUUGUAUGUGUGGGGUAUUGUAUGUGUGGGGUAAAGAGAUGAGUUAGCCAUUAAAAAAAAUCAUGCUUAACACUAUUAUUGCACACAGAGUGAGUCCAUGCAACUUAUUGUUGGUAUUGGUAUUUUAUUAGGAUCCCCAUUAGCUGUUGCAAAAGCAGCAGCUACUCUUCCUGGGGUCCACACAAAACAUGAAACAUUACAUAAUACAUAAUAUGUGAGCACAUUUUUACUCCUGAACUUAUGUAUGCUUGCCAUAACAAAGGGGUUGAAUACUUAUUGACUCAAGACAUUUCAGCUUUUCAGUUAAUUAAUUUGCAAACUUUUCUAAAAACACAAUUCCACUUUAUGGAGCAUUGUGUAUAGGCGAGUGACAAAAAAAUCUAAAUUGAAUCCAUUUUAAAUUCAGGCUGUAACACAACAAAACAUGGGAAAAGUCAAGGGGUGUGAAUACUUUCUGAGAAGGCAGUGUGUAUGUACUGCUGAAGCUGCUGAAAACCCAGGGUUGUUCACUAGCUUGUUGUGUCUGGUCAGACAGACAGACAAAACUGCUCUUUAACUCUGAAAACUAUUUUUAAAGAGCCACAGGUUCAUGCCAGAUGAGGUAAGGGUAUCUGUUUCCUUGGUUAGACAUCUCUUGGGGCGAAUCCUAACUUCCACUUAAAUGUUUACUUAGUCAAGCAUUGAUGUCAAUGGGAGACUAAGUAAAAAUUCAACUUAAAAGUUAGGAUUUGUCCCUUAAUGACCCUGGACCGAAACACAACUACUUGAACUAAACCCAAACCCAGAAGUGAUGGUGGAUUGUCUGCUGUGGCCAUAAGUUCAUCAGGUCAUGUGUAUAUAGAUAUUAUAUUGCCAAUAGUAAACAUUGUAAAUAUGUAAAAUAUAUAUUGUGUUUAAAAGUUGGAUUGAUAUGAAAUAUGACAUUAACACUGGAAGUUGCAAUUAAUAAAUAUUGUUAAUACAUUCUAA